CACAUUAUCAUAUAUCCUUCUCCUCUCCAUCAAAUAUCUCUCGAUCAUACCUUCUCAUAAUUCAUAAUGGUCGUUAUCUCCGAAGAAUCUUCAUCUUCUUCAAGCCGUGAUCAAUAUAGAUAURACGUAUUUUUAAGUUUUAGAGGUCUUGACACUCGUCAUAAUUUCACAGAUCACCUCUACAAGACCUUGAUCGAAACUAAUCUCACAACUUUCUUGGACGAUGAAGAGAUCGAAACCGGAGAAGAUCUGAAACCGGAAUUGGAGAGUGCGAUCAAAACAUCCAGGGCUUCUGUUAUCGUGUUGUCUCAGAAUUAUGCUUCUUCAACAUGGUGUCUUGGCGAACUAGUAUUGAUCUUCGAACAAUAUAGGACCUCCAACCAUAUUGUCAUCCCCAUCUUCUAUCAUGUCGAGCCCACCGAUGUCAGGAAGCAACAAUCCAACUUCGGAGAUGCAAUGGCGAAGCAUAAACAGAGGAUGGAGACAGAGACAAAUGAAGAGAGAAGAAAUCUUUGGUCUAAAAAAAUGGAGCUAUGGAAUAAAGCAUUGACAGAAGUUGCUGAUUUAAAAGGAAAAAGUGCAAAGGAUCGGAAAGAGACGGAGUUAAUUGAAGAAAUUGUUACAGAUAUCCGUCGUAAAUUAGGUGUACCCUUAAAAGUAAAGCUGCCGCUCCUUAUCGGCAUGCACCAUCACAUAAAAUUCAUUACCUAUUGGUUAAAAGAUGGAUCCUCUCCUACCGCUGACAUUCUCACAAUCUUAGGCAUGGGAGGGAUUGGGAAGACAUCYUUGGCCAAGUAUCUCUUUUGGUUGCAUUGUCAUGAAUUCCAAAGAAGCAGUUGUGUUGAAGAUAUCAGUAGGAGAUGUGCUGAAAAAUUGAAUGGAUUGCUUGAUUUACAAAAACAAAUCUGCGGUGACAUUUCAAAGAACAGUUCAAUUCAAGUUCAUGAUGUUUCUAUAUACACAUCUCAGAUUGAGAAUGCACUAGCACAUAAAAAGGUGUUUCUAGUUCUUGAUGAUGUUGAUAGUUUCAAUCAAUUGGAUGCAUUACUUGGAAACAAAGGUUUUCAUCCWGGAAGCAAAAUCAUAAUAACAACCAAGGACGCCUCGUUGACAGAAAARUGUGAGCUAUUCAACCAGAUAGUUCGACCCAAGCAUACAAAGCACUUACUUGAAGGCUUAGAUGAGUAUGAAUCCUUAAAGCUUUUAAGUUUGUGUGCAUUCAAGUGUAAGAAUCCCAAAGAAGGUUUUAAAGAGGUUUCAAAAGAGCUUGUGAAGUAUUGUGAGGGACAUCCAUUGGCUCUUGAAAUUUUGGGUAAGUCUCUACAUAAUGGAGAUGUAGAUGAAUGGGAGGAUUGUUUAGAAAGGCUAAAGGAAGAACCCAAUUCUCGUAUUAAAAAGGUCUUGCAAAUGAGCUUUGACUCUUUGAUGCAUGGGUUCCCUUUAAAGUCUUUACCUUUAGACUUACCAAUGGAGAAUAUGGUUAUGCUUGACAUGUCUUACAGCAAUUUGGAAUCUUUUGAUAUGUCUGAUGGUAACCCACAACAACCUGGGACGAGGCAAAAGUUAAGUGGCUCAUGCUCAAAAAGCAAGCGGUUGCUUAGAUCAUUGAAGAUUCUUAAUCUGAGUUUCUGUGAACAACUUCGGAGUAUUGGUGGAUUUUUUGAAUUCCCUGCACUUGAGAGGCUAAUACUUUCAAAUUGCUCAAGUUUGAUUGAGGUUUGUGAGUCAAUUGAGCAAUAUGAUGGACUUGACCUCAUUGAUCUGAGUUACUGCAAUAACGCUGGGAAGCUUUUAAGAAUGAUAAACAAGGUGAAGAACGUCAAAAUACUAAAUUUAGAUGGUUGUAACCUUGGUGAAACUCCGAUCGAGAUGAGAAAUGACGUGGAGGAAAAGCUCAACCGUAACAACAUUGGUAUGAACUCACAAACCUCUUCCUCUGCCAUUGUGGAGGCUAUACCAAGAGGUUUCAAUUCCUAUCUGAUUUAUUUACCAAGCUCAUUAGUAUGCUUGCAGCUUCAAGAUUGUAAAUUGUCCAACGAAUCUUUUCCAGAGGAUAUGAGUAGCCUAUCCAUGUUGAAGGAGUUGUAUUUAGAUAGAAAUCUUUUCGUUUCACUGCCCAAUUGGGUGAGAAGCCUUUCCAGGCUUGAGAUACUUGGUAUUGGUAAGAAUGAUAGACUGGAGUCAUUGGAGCAUCCUCCACCUACACUAAAAGAUCUGAUAUUUGAUUUUGAUGGAUAUGGGGAAGCUACAUUUAAUCGAGAAAUGUCCCCAAUCCUGUUAACCUGUAGGAUGGCUACAUAUGACUGGGAAAAGUUUGAAGGUAUUUGUAAAAAGGAAGAUAUGGAAGAUGUUGAGGAAAAGGUAUUACUUAGUUUGGGGUGGAGUCAUUUAGUUAAUUUAGACUUCACCAAAAUUCAACCGACAGAAAGUGGAAGUGUCGAGGUUUGUUCUCAUUAA